UGCCCUCGCCCCGCCCCUUCGCCUCUCCCCGCGCUCCCUCUCUCGCUCACGGAAGGCGCUUUUCGCGAAGGCCCGGAUUUUUACAGCACUUCGCUUUUCUAACCCCGAAGAGUGCACGUUUGUUCGCAGGGCCAGGAAGGAGAGCCCCGCCCCGCCCGCCGCCUUUGGAGCCCUCGGACUCUGCCCGGCCCGGCCUCCCAGGCAUGGCGGCGCUGCGCUUCUCCGCCAAUCUGUCCUGGCUAUUCCCCGAGCUCCUCGGCCUCCCCGCGCGGCUGCGGGCCGCGGGCAGCUCGGGCUUCGAGGCUGUCGAAGUGGCCUGGCCUUACGCGGAGCCGCCUGAGGUGCUGGCGCGCGCCGCGCGAGAAGCGGGGCUGCGGCUUGUGCUGAUCAACACGCCCCCGGGAGACCAAGAGAAAGGGGAAAUGGGGCUGGGGGCCGUCCCCGGGAGACAGGCGGCCUUCCGACAGGGUCUGGAGCAGGCCGUGCGAUACGCCAAGGCCCUGGGCUGUCCCAGGAUCCACCUGAUGGCUGGCCGAGUACCCCAGGGAGCUGAUCGAAGAGCAGUCAAAGCUGAGAUGGAGAUGGUUUUUCUGGAGAAUCUGAGGCAUGCAGCUGGGGUUUUGGCUCAGGAGGACCUCGUGGGACUGCUGGAGCCCAUCAAUACCCGCAUCACUGACCCCCAGUACUUCCUGGACACGCCCCAGCAGGCGGCAGCCAUCUUACAGAAGGUCGGAAGACCCAACCUCCAAUUACAAAUGGACAUAUUCCACUGGCAGAUCAUGGAUGGGAACCUGACAGGAAACAUUCGGGAGUUCCUACCCAUUGUUGGGCAUGUGCAGGUGGCACAGGUCCCAGGCCGAGGGGAGCCCAGCAGCCCCGGAGAGCUGAAUUUCCCCUAUCUGUUUCAACUGCUGGAAGAUGAAGGCUACAAAGGCUUUGUGGGCUGCGAGUAUCAGCCUCAAGGUGAGGGGUGGCCCUGGGGAAGGGAGCUCUGGAGGGACUGGACAGGGGCUGUUUUCUCCUUGUCGGCUGAGAUGCCGAGGCCUCCCUCUCCCUACAGGAGACACAGUAGAGGGCUUGAGUUGGCUACGUUCAUACUGGGAUAGGCGGGGCCACCCAGAGGUGGCCAGCGAGGGCCUGCACACCACCCACAUGCCUCUAGACAGCGAGUGAGAUCCCAUCUCCUCCUCUGCAUUAAAGACGACCUGCUGAACAUUGUCUUAUGUCUCUGUUAUGGGGUGGGGGGGACACAUAGUGUCUAACACUUCAGUUUCUGUUGCUUCCCUCCCAUUAAGAAGCCAGUGCCAGGGUUGCUGUGGAGAUAGGAGAGCUUCUGAGCCCACCUUCUCAUUAAAGGAUGAGAAUCCCAGGGUCUGAGAGCAAAGGGACUUGACAGUGGCCACAGGUGUUUCAAAGGCAAAGCUGGGAUUGGAACCCAGGUGUCAUCUCAAUGGGAAUGUCCAGCAGUGAUGUCCAAGUGGGAAGUGAAGACCCGAGGGCUCAAGGGACACAGGUGGCUGACCGUGGUCAAAGGCUGGGGGGCAGGAUCAGGUAGAGGAGCUCUAGGGGGUUUUUGCCACCCCGUGUGAACUCCUGAGACUCUACCAGGUGGGCAGAAAGGAGUACCCCAGAAGGGCCCAAGGGGUCCUUGGGGUUGACCUGACCCUCUGAAGUCCUGGAUGGGUCACUGGCUGCGGGUGUUUGAGGAGGGCAGUUCUCUGCUGCCAGGCUGGGGCAGCAGACCCCCAAGACAUAGUUACAAAGCC